AUGGAAGAAAAACAAGCCGUAAAACAGCAGGGCAAUAAUUGCAUUACAAGAGUCAACGAGGUUAACCAAGGAGACGACACAGAAAGCACACCUUUUACGAAAACAAGUGACGAGCGCGUUCAGCUGUCCAAAUGGCAACCUCUCUCACAACUGUUUGUUCUUGCAGUCGUGUAUAUGUUGGGGUACUCCCCACUGGCAACUUUAUUAAAUUUAGAAAGAGUAUUGAAUCCAGAAAUAGGCAUCUAUGCUUUAAUGUGCAUCUUUGGAGGCUCCGUAUGUUCCAUAGUGACUGCACCUGUGAUUGCCAAACAUCUUGGGGCAAAGGGAUCUGUCCUUCUAGGAUGGUUUUGCCAAGCUCUGUUUAUUGGGGCACAUUUCUACAUGGUGCCUUAUGUCAUUCUGCCGGUUGCUUUCCUGGUUGGAAUAGGACACGCUCAGAAUUGGAUAACCAACGCUGUCUUUGUUACCGCGCUGGGACUUCAGUACUCUGAAAUCACCGGCCGCCCUCAAGGUGAAGUCAUGGGCAUGUUCCAGGGAAUAUUCUUUACAAUCUUUCAAUUUAGUGGCAUGUGGGGCAACCUGGUCUCCGCUCUCGUGUUAAAUAGCCCAGCAGACGACACAUCUGGUAAUGGGAGCACCUCUCAUGCUCAAGGCGGGAACUUGAGCGCGCUUUGUGGAAGAUUGGUGGGAUCGGCCUUUGUGAUAGCACUUAUAUUUUUGAAGGACGUGAAAUCAACGGCAGGGGAUUCUCUUCACAGCUUAAGAGAUUUUCUUGGGACUAUUGGACGACUUAUUUUUAAGCAGAAAAUGGCGCUCAUGCUGCCAGCAUUUAUGCUGGUGCCAGCUGGACAGACUUUUAUUCUUACAGAGUUUAUCACAGCUUUUGUAAGCUGCGAAAUUGGUAUACAAUACAACGGUUGGUCGGCCAUGUUCUUCUACGGAGGUCUAAUCUUGGGUUCAGCCUUGACCUCUCGUCUCGUGAAGCACGUGGGCUGGCUUACGUGGGCCACGUGUUUCCGGAUCAGAAGUGGCCUGUCUUUGUCACAGUGCGCAGCGCCAUGUAUGUAG